UGAAAUGUUUCAGGCUGCGCUUUGCCUUACAGCAUCUGAUAUUGUAGAGGAGGCAAAUAAACACAUAGGCAGUACAACAUGGGCACAAUCCAGUUUCUAUAGCUUCAGAUUCUAUCCUGGUACAAACAAAUGCAACCUUUUUGUCUAUGAUGUUCUAGAGGCUGUCGGUGCAGAUCCACCUUCAAGACAUUGGUAUAUGUACAGUCCAAUCAGUGCGGCAGAAUGGGGAAACACUGGUUCUUCCGUACUCAGAAAUGAACGCUGCUGGAAUUUAUGCACGGGAGGCAAACAGAAUGGUGACGUAAUCAGCGGUCAAGGACAUGUUGGCAUCGUAACUGGCUAUCAUUUGACCACAAGUGCAGGAACAAACAAAGUUGUGCAGAACAACUGGGGAUAUCGAUCCAGCGGAUUCGGUUCUUCAUACAAAAUUACAGCUUGCUGGCGCUAUGACUACUACAGCAACGGUUGCUAGCUACUACAGCGAGAUCUGUGUCAUGUAUCAAUUUCAAAGUUCUGUUGCGUAUUUUCCUACAUAAGGACACUGUAAAUUUUAUUAUUUUUUUGUUAGUUUUAUAAUUCAAUUUGUCAAAUGCCGGUCUUACUCUCACC